GGAGUGCUGCAACUGGAGUGGUUCAUUCUAAUCUAGACUUUGGCCAGAAUGUGGGAAAGCAAGUGACUACUUCUCCACCUCGUACUUAUGAACACCACCACACUAGCAGGAGUGCUGCAACUGGAGUGGUUCAUUCUAAUCUAGACUUUGGUCAGACCGUGGGAAAGCAAGUGACUACUUCUCUACCUCGUACUUAUGAACACCACCGCUCUAGCAGGAGUGCUGCAACUGGUGUGGUACAUUCUAAUCUGGACGUUGGUCAGRACGUGGUAAUGCAAAAAGACAUGUCCACMUUUAGAAAAGAACAAAUUAAGGCAAAAGAUAACAAGCAAAGCUGGUCUCCAUCAAAGGAAAGCUGCGGUUCUAGCGAUUGUGAUGGGGAUGACGAUAGCUGUAAUGUUAAUGGUAAACACGGUGUUGAUCAUGGGUAUAAUGGUAACAUCAGUGGUAAAGAAAGUACUGAUGACAAUGAUGGUCUAAAUUAUGAUGACACUGAUGACGAUAGUGUACAUGAUAAGAGUGAUGGCUAUUAUAGUGUACAUGAUGAGAGUGAUGACGAUAGCGUACAUGAUAAGAGUGAUGGCGAUAGUGUGCAUGAUGAAACAGAUGGCGAUGGUGUAUUUGAUGAGAGUGAUGGCGAUAGUGUACAUGAUGAAACUGAUGGCGAUAGUGUACAUGUUGAAACUGAUGUCGAUAGUGUACAUGAUGAGAGUGAUGGCGAUAGUGUACAUGAAACUGAUGGCGAUGGUGUAUGUGAUGAGAGUGAUGGCGAUAGUGUACAUGUUGAAACUGAUGGCGAUAGCAUACAUGAUGAAACUGUUGGUGAUGACGUCGGGUUUGAUGACGAGGACAAUUACAAUGACGAUUGUGGAAACGGAAUAGAGGACAUUGAAAGCACAUCCCGCCAAGUCCUACGAACAGAAAGCUUUAAUUCUGAUCAGCUUACAAAUGCAAGGAAAGUAGAAAAAGCGGUUGAUUUGUCUGAUGGUCCAAGAAAGUCUACAGAGGUGCUAGUUAGCAUCACUUUGCCAGCAGCGAUAGAUUGGAAUAUUGUAUACAAYGACUUGAAAAGAAUAACAAAUAACACUAAGUUCAAGCUUCUAGAUGAAACGAAARGCAAAAAUCUCCAUAAAAACAAGUUCUGCAUCAGCUUUCAAAAUCGUAAAARAGCAAGGMAUGCCAUGCAUUUCAUAAAAACAAGAAGGAAGACAAUUCAAGCCGUUUACUGUGACAGUCUGAUUCAAAAGUGCCAAGAUGAGAUCCUAAACGAAAAACAACAUAUGAUUGCAUUACACAKUGACAAAGCUAAAGAUGUAACCAAAAAACUGAUGUCUUUACAAUCUGGGUCUGGAAAGAAGCAAAAGAAACUCAAUUUCAUCAGUCCCGAGGAGUUUGAAAAGCGCAAGGAAAUGAAGGAAGCGUUGACGCAGACAGCAAAAGAGCUCAACGCUCAAACUAAGGAGUUCAUUCAACUUACUACUGGAUUAAUUGGGCGUGUAGAACAGCUCAAAAACGUUUGCAAUAGAGAUAUUAGUGUUGAUCUMAAAGAAAUUGAAGUGCGCUUCCAGAGAGAAAAAGAACGACUUACUGGAGGUCUACCUAUUUAUGCAGAGAAGACGCGUAUUAUCRAAGCUAUMAAAGAGAAUCAAGUCUGCAUUAUCUUAGGAGAAACUGGUUCUGGGAAGAGCACGCAGUUGGUCCAGUAUCUCUAUGACGCAGGUUUUGCAKACAAGAAAGCUAUCGUGUGCACCCAACCAAGAAAAGUUGSUGCCUUCAGCCUGGCAAAACGUGUAUCUGAAGAACUCAGAGAUAACAGACUCGUUGACUGUAUGGAUGGUACAAGAAAAGGCAAAWWUUUUUCCAAGAUCUUUUUCACAACCGACCACUCCCUGCUGAUGAAAUGUCUCAAAGAUCGUGAUUUGUCGAGCUAUUCAUGCAUCGUUAUAGAUGAAGCACACGAAAGAAACAUUAACACAGAYCUGCUUCUAGGAAUCAUCAAAAAGGCACUUCCAAGACGACCUGACCUUCGUGUUAUCGUGACUUCUGCAACAAUUGACCCCACACUGUUUCAAAACUACUUCGGUGGUUGUCCAGUCAUAAAGGUUUCAGGGAAACUGUUUCCUGUAGAAGUCGAAUGGAAGAAGAGCGAAUAUGGUGAAGAUUAUGUUUCAGAAGCUGUAGAUAAAGUGGUUGAGAUCCAAAGAAGCAACGAGGAAGGAGAUAUACUGGUGUUUUUGACAUGUCCRGCAGAGAUUGACCGUGCCUGUAGCAUGCUGCCUAGUAGAGCUAACACUAGUAACCUUGAAUAUCUUCCKUUACACGGAAAGUUGCAGCAGGAAGAUCAGCGAAAGGUUUUUGACCCCRCUCCUCAAGGAAAGCGUAAAGUUGUGUUCUCGACGAACUGUGCAGAGACCUCGCUGACCAUACCAGGAAUCAAGUUUGUCAUAGACAGUGGAAGAGCUAAAGAAAUGAAGUACGAUCAGAAACGAAAUCUCAGUUCUCUGGAAAUAGCAAUUGUUAGCCAGAGCUCAGCAGACCAAAGAARGGGUCGAGCCGGAAGGACAGACAGCGGGAAAUGCUUUCGUUUGUACACCGAAAAACAAUUCGAUGAUAUGGAAAAGUCUUCAAAACCUGAAAUACUACGUGUCCAUCUUGGACAAGCCAUCCUCAAGCUAAUGGAGCUUGGUAUAAACAAUCCGGCGGACUUUGAUUUCGUGGAAUCUCCUCCGCUAGAAUCCAUCAUUUCAUCGAUGUCUGAAUUAGAAGAGCUUGGUGCAAUUGAAGAGGGAAAGUUAAGUGAACUUGGCAAAAAUAUGGCUCGACUACCGUUGGAACCUCGCCUUGGAAAGUUCCUAUUUGAAGGAUUCGAUGAAGGCGUUGGCUAUGAAGCGCUUGUCUUAGUCUCAAUUGCCACUAUUACUGGAAGUGUUUUCUUCCGUAUGGGGACAGAGGAAGAGAAGAAAGCAGCUGAUGACAAGAAGAUUGAAUUUUGUCAACUUGGUGGUGAUUUAAUGACUCUGUUGGAUGUGUACCGAAAAUGGCUUGAUGUCGACGAAAGGGAUCGUGGUAGAUGGUGUUAUUCUAAGAGUUUGAAUGCCAAAGCAAUGAGAAUGGCCAAUGAGACGGUCAAGGAUCUCAAGAUGGUACUAAAGCGGGAGCUCCAUAUCGAUAACAUUGUAUGGGCAGCAUUGGAUCGAAAAGAAACAGACAAGAUUCUUCAAAAAACUCUGUUUUCCUGCUACCUCAGCAAAUUGUGCGUCUUCACAGGUCACGAGAAGGUGGGUUAUCAAACAGUGGUCGGAAACCACCUUGUUAAAAUUCACCCUUCAUCAGCUGUCAAGUUUAUGGGUGAAUAUCCUAAGUUUGUUGUUUAUGAGAAAAUKUUGAAAACGUCCCAAGAUUUCAUUAUUAAUGUUACCCCAAUCGAAGAGCAAUGGCUGUGGGAAACUAUCACAGAUCCAGUUCUUCUCAACGAUACACUGCAGCUUGUUGAGAAUGUGAUGGUAAAAAGAACAGUAGUAUGCAGUGAGGCUUUGAUUGAAAAGGCAUUGCUUCCUUUAAGAGAGAAGAUGCCUUUGUUCGAAUCAGAAAUCUCCAGAUCAUGCAAUGGUGUGCCUGUAGUUGCUGAGGUGCAGAAGAAAAAUGCCAUCCUAGACAUAUUCAUAUCAAGUCAGUAUGCUGAUCACGGUGAAAAGGUUGUACAACAUUUCUUGGAAACAGGAAAAAUGAUGUUGCGGGAGCAGACCUCUGAAUAUCCUCUAGAAUCUGAUGCACCAGGCUUACAAGUGGUGAUAGGGUCAGGUUUGACUGUUCAACAAGUUCUAAUGCCAGGAAUGUACCGCACUAUUUUCUCGCCAYAUGACAGUCAAGAAUUGCAUGAAUAUCUAAAAUCAAAAGGUAAAGUCAUUGAUCUCUCCGUGAGCAAGCAACACCAAACGUUUGCAACUUAUGAAACACACGAGGAAGCAGUAUGUGCUGUGACAGAUGCAAAAGACCUGGAAUUCACGGUUUUUCCCAAAAGAGGAGGUCAAAACCAGCCAAGGUCAGGUGCCUUUAAUUUCAUGCUAACAAUAUGUUGGCUUCGACGUGAACCAAAGGGGAUGGCAAAUGUUGUUUUCGUGGAACCGGUUCCUUGGCAUGAGUUCCCUCUCCGGUGGUCAAGACAUGUGAUGGUUGGGUCUAAACAGGUCCGGGUCACUGCAGAUAAAUACCAACCCAAUGCCUUAUUUCUACAAAAUCUUAACUCCUCCUCGACAAAAAAAGAUAUCAAGAGAGCCGUUGAUCAGAUUUUCCCUGGAACAUCAGUAAGUGAAUCAAGCAUCAAUAUCCAAUACAAACCACGGGAAAGUAAUUCUAUCUCGACGCCAGUCCAACGCAGACUGCUAGAAAAACUCAUUGCAGAAUUUUCCUCUCCAGAAGCGUUUGAGGUGUCAGUAAAGGCCAUUCAUGAUAAAUGUCCUUUUGCAAAUGCCAUGAUCAGGUUUGCAAACCCAAAUGAAGGAAUGGAAGCCGCCAAACGACUUAAAASUCAAAGAUGUAAUGGGUUAGAAAGGUGGCCAGUCACUUUAGAUGUUCGCCCAAAGCUUGAUUAUUACUACACCUGUUUAAAGCAAGUCUAUGACACGGUUAAAGAUGACAUUCAACAACAGAUCAGUGACAUCGCUCAAGAAUGUCAGGACCAUUGCGGUUAUGUUCUYAACUUGAAAGAAGAACCCCUUGGAAAAGUARCCUCUGGUCGGAUCAAGCUGUUAGUGAACACGGAAUGUCUUGAGCACUAUGURCAGGCUUCCAAAGUAAUCACUCUUGCAAUCCAGGGAGAAUACUAUGACUGUACAAAGCCAAAACAGCGCCUGAAUCUACUGAGUACGCAUGGAAAAGACAAACUUGCCACAAUUCAGAAAGAAUCUGGCGCACUUAUCUUUCCCGAUGUGAGAAAAGCGUCAUUGGUGAUAUAUGGUACCCGCACCCACAAAGACCAAGCAAUCGAUGCCAUUGGUAGGUUUCUAAGUGAUUUGGUACUAAGUGAUACUACUGUCUUCGAAGUCAAUCUCAAGGGAAAUGACAAGCCAAGGGGUUUGUUGAAGCAGAUCAUAUCUGCAUUUGGAAAAGAUCUCGAAAMACUUUGUGAAAUCGAUGGUGUUGUUAAAGCAAAAAAGUGCAUUUUCAAGCAUGUUUUGACAAUUCAAAGCACCUCUGCAGCAAAGGAGUUAGUACUCCAGAAAAUUAUGGAUAUAGAAAGGUCAUUACCGUACMAAGCUGAAAUGAAAUCCCCAGAAACCGCUACUGAGGAUUGUCCGAUUUGCACUUGUGAAGUAGAAGAAACUUACAGAAUUAGUACUUGUGGGCACGCGUACUGUAGGAAUUGUGCAUUGGAUCAAGUCAAGGCUGSUAGGUUUCCGAUGGUUUGUGAAUUCGAGAAUUGCAAUGAAAGAUUCACAAUAAAGGACAUGAAUUUGCUACUAUGUUAUGAAAAMGAUCUACUGAAAAAGACCAUUAAACAAUCACUGGAUGCAUAUUUGGGAGAGAAUCCUGAUAGCGCGAGGCAUUGCCCAUCUCCUGAUUGUCCAAUGAUCUACCUUGUCACUCAAAAAGAAAAGCAGUUUCGAUGUAGCCUUUGUUCUGUUGCUACCUGUACCGCGUGUCAUAAAGCCUAUCAUCUCGGAAUGACGUGUAAGGAAUAUGAAAUUGAAAUCAAAGACGCUGGACGGGAAGGUUUGGAGAAAUGGAUGAAAGAAAAACCAGAUGAAAGAAAACGCUGYCCAACAUGCUCAGGACCCAUUGAGCGAAGGGRGGGCUGCAACCAUAUGCAGUGUCCCAAAUGUAAAAAUCACUUUUGCUGGCUUUGCUUAAAGGUCUUUAAGUCUGAUGUGAAUGUUUAUGAUCAUCAGAGAGACUGUCCUCGAAGGCAAUGAAGCCUUGCGAUACUUGGUUCUAUUUGGUUCUAUUCUGAAGAGCAUUGACAAGAGAGAAACUGUUGAUGUUGAUGUUGAUAAAAUACAACUCUCAUAAUUAUUCUUGUAUACGAACUUAGCUUUUUGGUAGUGCAUGACGGGUAAWAUAUUUUUUUAAUUAGUAACGAUUCUGGAAAACCCGAAACCGAAGGACCUGAAGGUUUGAUUUAUUGAAUGCAGACAGGCAUAGUCCAUAUCACAAGAYCGCCAUUUUGAAUGGUUUUGCAAUGUAUCAUGGGAUAUAUAUCUCCCUUUCUUCAUCAAAACAAAUCGCU